ACUCUAACUACAACUAUAGAAAUAGAAUACCCACAGUUUUUCCGUCUCUCUCUCUCUCUCUCUCAAUUUCUUCCGAGGCAAGCGAAGCAGCAUCUUUAUCCUUCAGAUCUAAAUCUCGAUUAAUCAACUGCAGCUUAAAAUAUGUCAGAAGAGUUGGAGUAUCGGUGCUUUAUUGGUGGCCUUUCAUGGUCAACAUCUGACAGAGCUCUAAAGGAUGCAUUUGAAAAGUUUGGAAAGCUUCUUGAAGCAAAGGUUGUUGUUGACAAGUUCUCUGGGCGAUCUCGUGGAUUUGGGUUUGUCACUUUUGAUGACAAGAAAGCAAUGGAAGAAGCAAUUGAGGAAAUGAAUGGAAUGGAUUUAGAUGGGCGAACUAUUACUGUUGAUAAAGCUCAGCCUCACCAAGGUUCAGGUAGAGAUUAUGAUGGUGACCGUAACCGUGACCGGGGGCGUGAUCGUGACCGUAACCGUGACUAUGGAGGUGGACGUGGUUCUAAUGGUGGAGAGUGCUUUAAGUGUGGGAAGCCUGGACAUUUUGCUAGGGAGUGUCCAAGUGAAGGGGCAAGAGGGGGCAGGUAUGGUGGCAGGGAUGAUAGGUCUGGUGGUAGUGGUGGUGGCGGGGCUGGCCGUUAUGGUCCCGAUCGAAACGGAGAUCGACUUGGUGGGCGCAACAGGGACUCUGGUAGUCGUGGAGGUUCUGGAGCUGAUCGGUAUAGUCGUGACCGUUCUGGACCUUAUGAACGUCGUAGCACAGGAGGUUUUCGUUCCGGAUAGAGUGACCGCUUCUCAUUGUGCUUUGGAACCGGAGGUGCUGCAGUUACCGUCUUAAAAGCGUCCAAGUUUCAUUUUGCUGGAUUCUUACUUAGGAAAAUUGUUUGGGUGGAUCAAUCCAGUCUAUCAGUAGUUUGAAGUGCAAAAAUUGGCAUGAUACUUGACCUGUUUUGUGUUCCAAAAAUGCUCAUUUCGAUGUUUUGGUCUGAUGGGAUAUUAUGCUUGCUUGACAUGGACUUUCAAAAUUGGUCUUGUAGUCUGUGAAUGCCAUUAUUGCUGCUGGA